UUGUUUUGUCUGGUGGGUUGUCUACAAAUGGAUUUUUAAGGCCAUUUUUACAUAUUUGGAAUAUUUCCCAGUUUAGUGAAUGAAAACGCUGUAAAAAUAGUUCUGAGCUACGAAAAUGCAAUUCUAAAGUUUCAGUCGGCUUCUGUAUGGACUCAAGUGGCUCAACAAACAAUGGAUGAGGCUGCAGCUCUGCCCCACGGGCCCCCACUGAAUAUUUUACCACCAACGCCUGCAGGAUUGGAAUCGUUAUAUUCGCUAUGCAGAAAAAUUUAUCCAGGACAAGUUAACCCACUACAGGUUACAGCACUUUUGAAAUAUUGGUUGGGAGGUCCCGAUCCUCUUGAUUAUAUAUCAAUGUAUGCCAAUCCUGGUGACCCUCAAGAGAACAUUCCACCUCACUGGCAUUAUAUAAGUUUUGGAUUAUCAGAUUUGCAUGGAGACGGUCGCGUUCACGAACCUUCGGGUCCUGAAGACUCAUCAGGCUUCGGUUUUGAAUUAACCUUCCGCCUGAAACGUGAACCUGAAGAAACAGCACCUCCUACUUGGCCGGCAACUCUUAUGCAAUCUUUGGCAAAAUACGUAUUCCAUUCAGGCAACACAUUGUGUUCUGGCGAUCACGUCUCGUGGCACUGCGCAUUAGACAACAGCGAAUCUCGAAUACAACACAUGCUCAUGACCACCGAUCUGCAACUUAGAACAGCUCACACCCCCUUUGGAACUGUACAAUUCAUCCAAAUCGUCGGCAUUUGUUUUGACGAACUUAAAGCCACACAACAAUGGAAUGGUGCAGGUGUUUUAGACAUAAUCUCCAGAAUACCAGCAGCGGGAGGUCCGUGGCACGUAACAGAUAUGCGAAGGGGUGAAAGCAUUUUUGAAUUGGAUCCAAAUGCACACGAUGAAGUUGAGCGGGGCUUCGAGCUGGAGGGCUCAAACUUGAGUGGUGUAAGUGCUCGGUGCUCAUGGUCCGAACCUGAUCCGGCGAGGCCGGAUAAGAGUGAUUGCGAGGGUAGACUCAACGAUGAAGAAAAUUUUAACUCAAAAUCUCUACAAGGUAUACUUGACAACAGGUCAUUGAAAUCGUUUAUUACCUUAGACUUUUCAGAAUCCACCGAAUUAUUACAUGUAAAGAAACUGGAAGGGGUCCAUCUGAUUUUCAACCUUGAAGCAGGCAGUUUAUUACCUCUAGCUAUUAGGGGAAGAGUGAAACACGGCCGACAUUUCACCUUCAAAUCUGUUCUGGGUGAAACAGCUAUUACUUUGGUUGCCAACUCAGUGACAGGAACUUUGGUGGAUCAGGAACAUCCAUUUGUGGCUCAAGGUUCUUGGUUACAAGUGCUAAUUCCAGAUGAUUUGGCACAAGAUAUGGCAGCCACUUUUCAAGUGUUGGCCAGUCCUGAAGCCCUGUCAUUACCCAAACAGUUUGCAUGGCCUGACAGAAAACUAUCCAUUACCAUUGUAGCUGAUAAGCUUUGAGAAGAUAGUUAAGGUUUUGUAAGGGAUUUGUCUUGAAUGAGAAUGGAGAUUAAUUUUAUAUUAUUGUUUGCUGCUACAAUGGUAAUUGUGGAAUUAUAUCAUUGAGGAAGUUCAUACAUUUAAACAUGUUUAUUGUUUAUUCAUUUUUGUCUGAAUUUGUAUUUUCACCUAUAAUUUUAAAAUUCUAUUUAUUUAAUUGUUUAGGCCAUUUUAAUUAGGUGCUAAAUGUAAAUUAUAUUUAAAUGCAAUAUUUACUUAUGUAAGACUACAACUUUAUAUUUUAGACUGACAAUAUUGAUAUUCAAAAACGUAUUUUAUCAUAUUUAUUGAACCUAUGUGCCUUGUAUAUUUAUAUAAAUUUUGAAAAUAUAUAUUUUCAUU